AUGGACAAGCACCCCCUUUUGGGACUCCUCAUCUUGCUCUGCUGGCUUAGGGCUAUGAAAGUUAUUCAAUGUAGGAUGUGUCACCUCCAGUUCCCUGGAGAAAACUGCUCUAGAGGAAGAGGAAUAUGUACGGCAACCACAGAUGAGGCCUGCACAGUUGGGAGGAUGUUCAAAAAGAAUGGUAAACCCUGGUUAACUUUCAUGGGCUGCCUAAAGAACUGUGCUAACGUGGAAAACAUAAAGUGGAGCACCUAUCUGGUGAACUUCAGGUGCUGCCGAAGCUACGACCUGUGCAAUGAAAACAUUUAA